AUGAGUUUUGAGAAUCUUUUUGCGACACCCACAAUUAGAAUGCCGCAAACAGCCAAAACUACAUUCAGAGAACAAAUGGAAUUUUCACCUCGCAUUAAAACACCACGAGUUGAACUUUCAAAUAGUUUUCGACCAUCUACGGUUGCUAAUCCACGUAAACAUGAAAUAAUUUCAGCAUCUAUACCUAUUCAUUCACUAUUAGCAAAUAGCCAAAGAAUGAAAGAAAUGGAUUUACAAUAUUGGAUAGAUUCUGACAAUCCUUCUGCAUUAGAAAUUCUUGAUAAAAUAGCAGACGAAAGCCCACAGCAUCGAAAUAUUCUAAAAAAGAUUAUAUAUGAACUUGAAAAUCUAGAUGAAGAAGAAGAUUAUAACUUCUUCUCUUUAACUGAUACAAAAUACGACGAAAUUGUGCGACUUCAACUCGAAACAGCUGACAUUGAAAAACAAAUCAAGAAUAUGAAUAAAGAGAUUAUUGAAUUAACAGCUACUCUACAGGCUGAACAGACAAGACAAAAUAAUGAACGAAAAGAAUACAAAUCGUAUGAAAGUUUAAUGAAAAAAUCUACAUUUAAUUCUAAUAAGGAAUCUAUUAAGCCAAUAAUCCUCAAACCAGCUCCAAGUACUCAAAAUUUAGUUCAAACUCAAGAUGAUGAUAACAUAAAUAAAUUAAUGGGAGAAAAUCGAUAUCUUAAAGAUCAAGUAAGGACAAUUGAAAAUAUGAUUGAAGAAAAUAGAGUAUUCAUGACAAAUUAUACCUUAAAAUCCGCUAAAAAGAUCUACAAAGCUUCAAAACGAAAGAAAGACGAAGAACUUAAUAAUCAAUUUAUUUGA